AUGAGCUCAAGACUUGGUUACGACGACAGACAUAAAGGUCGCUCAUCUUUUCGAGACAAUAAUGAUCCUUCGUGUCGCAGAGAUGGCCGCCAAGAUGUUGACUACCGUAGUGGCGGAGAUUCCCUGUAUCACAAAAGUGACCGACCUUAUGAUCGAGCGUCUACUUAUUCCUCUGACAGAAGCAGAGAUGGCGACCGUCGUAGAAGUAGAUCUCCUAUUGGCCAGUACCGUAGCCGUCGCAAUAGUGAUAGAGAGUCUCAUGAUAGUGGCAGCAGUCGUGGUAGAUUCAGUCAACAUACUGCUACGGAUCGCGAGUCUACUGAAAUAAGCGGCAGCUCAUUUGAAACCUUGGCAUUUGAAAUUGAUCUAACAUUUGUGAGACAUGCUCCAUUUAAUGUUCGUACUCCCCAUCGACCUAAUCCCAAUCGCUGGCCAACUCCUCCAGGUAUACACUCUUUGCAGGACCAUCAGAGUGUUUAUCCAAUUGACUCGGUUUCUGAAAUCAGAUCUGAAUCCCGUGACCAUGCCGCAAAACCCAGAUUCAGGUCUCAAGAUGACUCGGCUCCAUACCCACGACACCAUGCUGACGAAGACCAACGCAGCUAUAAAUAUGCCAGGCGUGAAUAG